AUGAAAAAAGGAAGAUUUGCGAGAGGGCGUGCAUGCAGCUAUCUGCCCGUGCAGCAUUCAGCGAGCAACAAAGCAGCAAGAAGCAUUGUGCAGGGAGCAGGGAGUAGGGAGCAGGGAGCAGCGGGCGGCACGGACCUGCUUCUCAGCCGCAAACGCCUUGGCCUUGCCUCGGCUGCUCACAAUCCGCUUCUUUGCCGCCGCCCGUUUGUUCCGCCGCCCACUUGUGCCACGCCAGCACCUGAGCAUCCGCUGCUGCCUCCUCCGCUGCACUCAGUGCCUUCACGCCCCCUGCCCCUUCUGUUCCUGCCUCCCUCCACCCCCUGUCCUGCCUCACCAGCAGCAGCAGCAGCAGCAGCAGCAGUGGGGACGGCGGGGUCUCCGCCCCCCCACGGCGCGUCUGAGCGACCGGAGCAGCACAGCAGGCACCCGGCCGGGGUGGUCAAGGCACUCGCGCACGUCCCUGCCCGCCACCGCCAUCGCACCCCCCAUCGCCGCCACUCCCCUCCCCGCUUCCCCCUCGCCACCCUCCCCGUCCGCGCUCACCCCCACUGCCACCUCCCCAUGCACCCUCCUCUUCGCCUCCCCAGUGCCUCCCACAUGCGCGCCAGCCGCCCCUCCGCCUGCUGCCCCACUGCCACCACUGCCGCCGCCGCCUCGUCAGCGCGUCGCUGUGCCGCCUCCACGGCCCGCCUGCACGCGCGCACACUGCCCGCCGCCUCGUCCCCCCCUGCCCCUGCCGCGCCCUUCCCCUUCCUCCCCUUCACCUUGCCCCCUGCCCGACUCCCUUACCUGCCGCCCCGUCCUCUCCCUUCCCUGCCUCUUCCCCGCCUUCCUCCUCCCGCCCCUUGCUCUCCGCCGCUUCCCCUCCCGCGACUCUCUCCCGCGCGCGCUCCAGCGCCUCCUCCCGCUCCGCCAGUGCCAUCCGCGCGCCCACCAGCUCGUCCAGCAGCCGCGCCUGCCGCGCCUCGCUAUCCCGCAUGCUCCGAGCCCACUCCGCCUGGUACGCGCGCUCAAGCGCGCCCACCUCCUCCGCCCGUCACGGCAGCCGCCGCUGUCCUCUGGAAUGCCUCGAGCCUCUCCUCCGCCCGCCGGCUCCCCGCGUCUGCCUCCCCCAACGUCCCCACGUCCCCCGCUUGCCCCUCUCCUGCUGCUUCCACCCCCCCACAGCACUCUUGCUCCCCCGCGCUGAGGAUUCGCCGCAGUCCCCGCGGGGGGUGCUUGCGCGAGGGCGGGCGGCCGAGUCGCGAAGGGCGCGAGGGCGAGGAGGAGAGCGAGAGCCGCGGAGGCGAGGGGGGAAGCAAGGGCCCGCGGGACACGGACGUUGGGGAAAGCAGCACGCGGAGAUGGCGGGCCAUGGGGAGCGGGAGACUCGCACUGCUCCUGCGCCUGUGA